UAUACCAGGUUUGCAUGUAAAAUGACUUUGUAACCAUUCGAAAUAGAAAAUGGCGGCCGUGAGCGAAAGUGAAGAUAUUUUCAACAAAUAUUCAGAUACAGAGAAGACUAUCGACUAUGAACAAAAAGCAAUCAAAAAAGAUGUCACUGAAACGGCAAAGGGAUCAACUUCAGUCUCAUCAGAACAAAAACAGAAUGAAAGUGAUGAUGACGGUGAAACUUUCGAGGAUGCCAAAGAGAAUAUAGCAGAGAGCUCGGGAGUAAAUGAGAAUUUAAAGGGUUGCAAUAUAGCAGAUGACACUGAAAAUACGCACGAUGAGAAUGAUUCUGAUGAAGAGUAUGUUGAGCCAGAGGAAGAUCUAACUCCGGAGCAGAAAGAGGAAAGAAAACAAGAGGCUAUAAAACUCAAGGAUCAAGGAAAUGAAUCUUUCAGAAACUCAGAAUUCCCUAAGGCAAAGGAACUUUACACAAUGGCAAUAACUCAAUGUCCUUCAGAAUUUAAAAAUGAAAAAUCCAUAUUUUAUUCAAAUAGAGCAGCAUGUCUUGCUAGGAUGGAGUUUUAUAAAGAUGCAAUAAAAGAUUGUACUAAAGCCCUAGAGCUUAAUCCUGAAUAUCUGAAGGCCAGGUUAAGACGAGCUCAGUGUUACGAAAAAACAGAUGAGCUGGAGGAGGCAUUGGAAGAUUAUAAGUUGGUAUUUGAAGCUAAUAAAUCUUGUGAAAUAUCAAGAGAAGCACUAAUGAGACUACCAGAACAAAUAAAAAUCAAGCAUGAGAAAAUGAAAGAAGAAAUGCUGGGUAAACUGAAGGACUUGGGCAAUGUGUUUCUUAAGCCAUUUGGUCUGUCUACAAAUAAUUUCCAGUUCCAGCAGGAUCCUAAUACCGGUGGAUAUUCAGUGAACUUCACAAAAUAAGGUUAAAAAAAGAGUUUAAAGCGUAGUUUAUGGCCAUUGGCUCAGUGGCAGCUUUUAGAUGCUGGUAAAUGAGAAUGGCAGGGGUGGGAUAGGUUUGCAGAUUUGUGGCACCAAGCAAUAUACUGCAGUAGCUGAUUCAAUGCUUGGGUCAAACCUUGCAAAAAAGAGCCCGAAAGACCACACAAUUGUAAAGCAUCUUAAGUCAAUUUCAAAAAAACAUUUUCAGGUUUUCAUUAGUUAAAAGCUGUAAAUUAUUUUUCGCAAUGUCAUCUGGGCAAUCUUGUAUGAUGCAUAGCCAACAAAUAAAUACAACAAAAUAAAUUGAUGAAUAAUGAAGUGACCAUACCUCAGGUUAUGGCAAAUGAUCCAGUCAUUGCCACUGUAGUCAUUAUUUCUGUACAAUACACAGUUGGUUUCUAGCAGCAAGUGUAAUGUCAUCUAUUUAUUUCUACGCAUAAAAAUGUCAGCUGUUUUUUUCUCCUUGUGUGUUCUUUGGUAAACCUCUGCUGUAUCUAAUUAAUACAGUGGAACUUGGAUUUUACGAUAUGCCUCGGGAGAAAAUGUAUUGUAAAAUCAAGGUAAUGUAUUGUAAUGUAUUUAACAAGAUCUAUCAAUAAAAAAAUUGAUUCACUGUA